AUGCCCACCUCACUAACAAUACACCUGGUCAACACCUCGCCAACCCCGCACAUCCCCAUCCAUGCCUACAUCACCGGCCUGGCCAUCCCCUCGAUGGCCCGCCCCUUCCCCGUCGAUUGCGCCAUCCGCGUCCCUCCAGGCCCUUACCCAACCGUCGUCACCAUCCCACGCAUAGCCGGCGGGCGUAUCUGGUUCUGCCAAGGAGACCAAAAACUCAAGUUCAUGCUCAACCCCGGCGGGCCCGGAGGUGGCGCGGCGCUGGUUGAGCCAUCGGUCCUAAACCCGAGCGAUCCCAACCGAGAUGUGGACUUUGCCUUUUGCGAGUUUACGCUCAACGACCACCAGCUUUUCGCCAACAUCUCGUAUGUGGACUUUGUGCCGAGGUUGCCGAUUGCUUUGACGCUGGUGGAGGCGCGGACGAGGAGGCUGCAGCAUGUGUCGGGCAUGCGACCAGAUGGGUUGGAGAGGAUUGCGCAGGGGUUAAGGGAGCAGGCGGCGAGGGACGGGUGGCCGUGGGAUAAGUUGAUAGUGCAGAAGCCGGGGAUGGAUAGGCCGUUGCGAGUGCUAGCUCCUACACAUGGUGAUGCGGUCGGGGCCAAGUUCGAAGGAUAUUUUGAGCCAUUGGUCGCCAGGGUCUGGGAGAAAUACUGUCAUUUUGGGAGGCCUUGCCAUGGGCAUGGGAACGGCAGUGUAGUCGGUCCCGAUAAGCCCCCGGGGCCACCGCCGGGACCAAGACCGGGAGAUCGACCACCCGGCCCCCCACCUGGACCCCGUCCCGGAGAUGGUCCGAACGGCGCUCCGCCUAGGUUCGGGCUACGACAUGUUUUGCAGAAGUUCCACGACCACUACAGUCAUCACAGCCACAACGGCCACGCUACGGCACCUCAGCAACAGAACUAUUACCCCGGCCAGCAACAGCAACAACAGUAUUACUAUCCCGGGCAACAACCACCGCCACCUCCUCCCCGUCCUCAACAACAACAACCACAACCCGAAACCCAAACCCACCACCUCCGCAUAAACACUCAAGCUGGCCCGGGCAUUCUAACAGGCCACAUCCCCCACAAACCCUCCGACCCCCUCCUCAUCGGCUCCGAACCUUUCAACCGUCCCACAACAGCCGACAUCUUCGGGUGCAACUCGGGCCCCUUCACCACGGGCCCCAACGCUGUGCGCAACGCCAUCAUCCCCCGUCUUGCCGCCGCUUUCCAGCGAUCCAGCAUCAUCGACUGCGAAGACCAGCCGUCGGAUGUGGAUACCUUUUAUAGGUGGCAUGUGGAUGGGCGCCCGACAAAUCAUUACGCUAGGGUUGUGCAUGAGUGGAACGCGGAUGGGAAGGGGUAUGCUUUUGCUUAUGAUGAUGUGCAGAGGGAUGGGGGGAGGGAUCAGAGUGGGAAGGUGGAGGGAGGGGAGGUGGAGGUUUGGGUUGUGGAGGUGGGAGGGGGGAAUAUUUGGGUUGGGUAA